CCCCAUUGAUGGCCAGCUCUCCGGCUUCGGCCUCAUCGAAGCCAUCUUUGGGCGACUUGGUAGCAGAGGCAACACUAGCGCUGUAUUCAUCCCUUUCCCCGAGCUCAGCGACGCAUCUGCCGAUCAGGAAUGGCGCUCUCGAAUGGACGAUUCUCUCCUCUGUCUCACUCGUACUUCCGACUGAUGCAACACCGAGGGUGAUACCCAUUGCACUCGGCACAGGUACCAAGACUACUCCCUACGAAAAUCUCAAAGGCACGCCUGGAGAUGUACUGCACGAUCUUCAUGCCGAGGUCCUCGCUAGAAGAGGAGCCAGGAGAUGGUUGGCGCAGAGGAUUGCUGUAGAGGCUGGAUGGACGAAGCAGAGAGAGGAAGGCCAGGAUGAAACAGGCGUCCUUCUCGAUGGCCUUCCUUUGCUUUUGCAAAAGAGAAGCGAUAAUCAAAUAUGGCAGCUCCGGGAGGGUAUCAAGGUCUGGUGGUACGUCUCGACAUUGCCAUGCGGCGAAUGCUCCUCACCUCACUUAGCUCGGCGCAGGGCAAAAGAGGAUGUCAGCUACAGCCGCGACUUGAAAGCUCACUGUCAGACGCGAAGCACAUUCCCUUCGUCCGGUGACAUGCCUCGCUCUCAAUCGGGUGCCGUGCUCAGAGGUCGGCAGGUCGUCGAUGAAGGCUUAGCCAGGCCAAGGCUGAGGACUGUACCUGGUCGUCCAGACGCACCCCCGUCGCUAUGCCACUCGUGCACCGAUAAGCUCCUUCUUUGGUCGCUUCUCGGCUGGCAGGGGGCUGCUCUGAGCAGGCUCGCGACGGACAGGAUGCCCAUCGACGGGCUCGUCGUAGGAGCUAGCGAUGUCGAUCUGCGCCAGGACAGCGCGCAGGAAAGAGUGCUGAAGGAGAUCAGAAGAGGGCUAGAUGUCACGGAGCGGUGCAACGAUGCUGGUAGAGAGCUUACCAGAAGGCUGAAAGAUGCUGGAGUUUCUCACAGUCUGGAGCCUCCACUGAUCGAGCUCACACGUUGCAAGUUUCUGCAGUCGCAAGACUGCGUCAGAGAACGGGCGAUAGCGAACGGCAUGAGGCUAGAAGAGGCAACCGGGUCCGCUGAGGCUGCAACAACAAAGACUGACGCGGCAUCGGUGGAGCAAACAGGGCCCAUUGCCCUCAUACCGGCCUGGGAGAGCUCCUCUUAUGUUCGCCCAACUUGGCUUGACGUCAAGUCUGGAGCGAAGCACGCCAGCGGUAGCGCAGAACAUACGAUUACUGCGCCCGUCGCUAAGCUAGAGAAACUCGUAUACGGAAUCAAACAAGGCGCCUCCACCAAACGCUCGUCGAAUCGCCUUCUUGCCGGCGGUCGAUACGCUCCUCUGUACGGGAAGAGUCGCUCGAAAGUUUGCAAACUGGAACACUUCUUGCUCAUGCGGAAUCUCGCCCAAGAGCUCGAAGUCGCCGUUCAGCCAGACAGCUAUGCUGAGCUCAAGGGCAAGGGCCGUCCGAACGACUCUGGAGUUGCUGAUCAGUAUGAUAGUAACAUUGAGUGGUAUCGAAGUUGCAAAGCUAUCUUGAGGGCCGAGCACCUGGUUGAUGAAAAUAGUUGGUCAGAAGAUGAUGCGGGAGAGAGAGCUGUUGUCAAUACAUGGCUGCAACAGGUCUCGCUCACUGGCGACCACGCCAAGGCGUCAGACGGUAUCGAAAAGAGCACAACGGAGGGUCUCGAGACUGCCCUUGAUGCCUCCUCAGGCGGGCGUCAAGACGGGCUCCUAAGCAGUGACAGGGCCCCGCUGCAGGGCUGGCUGAUCACGCCUCGCUCGAUGGAAGCCUUCGAUAGAGAAGGUGCCUGGCGUUGAGUGGAGGCCAUCUGGCUGCCAUGAUAUUUAUGGUAACAUCCGAUACAGGAGAAUUGUCAACUGGAUUAAGUUGCAAUGCGCUAUAAUCCAAUUCCGCCCGUACCCUCUCGAACCAUCCCCAGCUUCGGCACUCUAAUAUACACAUCCUGUCCAUGUCCGUCCAAGCUCCUAAAUUGCAGACUACCUCCAAAGAAUUCAGCAUACACCCUCGCCAUCGGCAAUCCUAGCCCAGUGUCGGCCAUACCAAGGGAAGUGGAAGAGAGUGAUGUCUUGAGAGAGUUGUCGGCAGCGGCGGCGCCGGAGCCUGCAGACUGAGAUCGGGAAGAGGAAGGAACAGCAGCGUCGAUCUGCUCUCCCACAGUGCCCUUGAAGCGGCCGAUCCUCUUGAGAUG